UUUGGUAGACGUCACAAGUCUCCGCCACAAUCUAUGAAUUCAAGGGGCUGUGUGGGGUUGGCCUCACUUUCGGACAAGAGUGGUGACAUUCCAUUUGACCGGCGUUCAAAAUUAAUUUGAUUACAGUUUAAGGAUUUGUUUAGAAUUAACGGCACUUUGUGUUUCUUCACUUGAGAAGGACUACUGUGAAGAGGGGAAAGAUGAAGUACAUUAUUGGAAUCGGCGGAGUCACUAAUGGUGGUAAAACCACCUUGACUAAUAAGUUGAUCAAGACAUUACCAAAUUGCUGCGUAGUGCACCAGGAUGACUUUUUCAAGAAACCUGAUCAGAUAGAAGUCGGGGAAGACGGCUUUAAACAAUGGGAUGUUAUCACCGCUUUGGACAUGGAAGCCAUGACCAACACUGUCAGAGGCUGGAUGGAGAAUCCAGUGAAAUUUGCCCGUUCCCACGGUGUUCCGCUGUUGUCUUCCUCCGAUGUGCGCAACCCAGAUGAGCAGACGCACAUUCUGAUUGUAGAGGGCUUCCUGCUCUAUAAUGACCAGCAGCUGUUGGAUGUUUAUGACAAGUGCUAUUACAUCUCCAUUCCCUAUGAAGAGUGCAAGCGGAGGAGAAGACUUCAAAAGCAUCAUCUGCUCAUCUCCAAUCUGAAAAAUAUCCAUCGUAGCUACCCUUGUACAAGACAAUACACUGUCCCAGACCCUCCUGGCCUGUUUGAUGGUCAUGUUUGGCCGAUGUACCUCAGGCACCGCAGAGAGAUGGAAAUCCUAUCCUUAAAUAUUGAGUACUUGGAUGGCUUGAAAUCCAAAGAAGAGAUCUAUAACCAGGUGUAUGAGGACAUUCACAACAGCCUGCUUAAUCGUUUAUAGCAUGAAGUCAGCACUCCUGUGUUGUACAAAUAUUUGUAAAUAUUUCCGAGGAUUUUUUUUAUAGACUUUUUUUGUAUUUUUGGGGGAAAUGCUAUGAAUUUAUUGUUAACUUAUCAGUGUUUCCAUUUUGAUCAAAAAGUUAUUGCUAAAAUGAUUUUAUCUGUUCACACUGGAUCCUUUGGUGGCCAGUCACAUUCUUCUUUCAUCAAUAAAUGUAUUCAUGUUGAAGAUGAACAUCAGUCAUCAGUCUUCUUUUUAGCUUGUAUAACUCUAAUGGUUAUCACAUUCAUAUUUUGCACUUCAAGAAAUAAACGAUAAAUGAAAACAAUAGGGUUUUGGUUUUCACAGUAACUUGCUGACUGGCUCUGCAUCGUAUAGGACUAAGAGUUUUUAAUCAUUUGCUUAGUUAUCUCAAUUAGAGGGUAAAAUAUUGAUAAAACUAUUCCAUAAUAGUGUUUGUAAACCACUGCAAACCUGAAAUGUGACUCCAUUGUACAAAAUUGAAUAUCUUUGCGGAGAAGCAUUUGACGUUGAGCAACGCUUCUAGUUUUUGAAUCUCAAAAUUGUAUUGUUGGCCAUUAAAUUCACAGCCGUAUUGGCAUACAUGGUGAUUGUUAAAAGGUGAUGUUAACUUGGUGUCUUUUUUUUGUUUUGUGGUUUGGGGUAUCUGGGCCACACGGGAUAUUCAUGUGUCUCAAUGUCAACUGGACCCUCACAACAGA